AUGAUAUCAUUGUCUUCAAGCUCUCUCGUUGCAUCAAGCAACCACCUCUGUAAUUGUGGUUUGAGGGCUGAAAUACGAACUUGUUGGAAUGAUGAGAUGAUGGCUCAGAGAUUUUACUGCUGCGGUUCUCAAAAUGCAAAUAGCUGUUAUUAUUUCAAAUGGCUUGAUGAUGAGCCUUUGGAGGACGAUGCUAUAAUUACUCGAUUGAAUGAUGAGCGUCUACAUCUGCAGGACACUCUUCACGCUUAUGAGACAAGGGUGCAAGAACUUGAGAAUGCAAUUAUCCUGGAGAGAAGCAGGAAAAUGCAUAAGGCAUUGACUUCCGUAGUAGGAUUAGUUUGUUUAAUGAUCGCAUUGUUUGUGGCUUUUCUCGUGAUUUAA